AUGGCGGGCAGCGGCAGCCUCCCGUACCCGCAUGCGACGCGGCUGCCGAGCGCGCUCGGCUACGCGCCCCCCGCGGCAGCCGCGCCGCCGGGUUACGCCUACCAAGCCGGCGGCCACGUCACCAGCAGCGCGGCCGCGCCCUACGGCAGCGCAGCCGCGCACCACCCGCCGCACGCGGCCGCACCAAACCCAUACACGCAGCUCUACGGCCCAGGCGGCGGCGCCUCGCUCGCGGGGGCGCGCAGCGGCUCGCUCGCGGCGGCGCCGCCGGGGCCGACGGGCUCGUAUUUGGAUUACAUGACAAGGUCCACUGCGGCGGCGCCCGGCGGCGCUGGCGCAGGGCUGGCGGGCGCGGGGUCUGGCCGCCUGGGGUCGGGGCAGCUCGUCACCACCGGCUCCGGCGGCUUUGGCGGCGGCGCGGGUUACGGGCAGCAGCAGCAGCAGCAGAUUCCGCAGGGGCAUGGGCACGGGUAUGGGUAUGGCUUUCAGCCGCACCAGCAACAGCAGCAGCAGCAGCAUGUGCAGCAGCAGCGGCAGCCAGCGCCCCUCACGCCCUACAUGAAUGGCGACAUAAUCGACCUCUCGGCGCUAGACAGCGACUGA